GCUAGAGGGCCUAUUUGCUUGACAACAGGAUAGUGUACUGUUUUGCUUAUGUAUCUAACGAAAACCGGCAGUUGUGUUUUUCGUUUUGCAAUCGAAAGAAUGAAAUUUUGUUUCCGAUGUGUGACAUGCUCUAUUUUUAUUUAAAUUUCUACAAACUUUUUCACUCCUUAUCAUAAUGCACUGGAUUAAAAAAUGAGAAUCUAUUUCGAAUAAGUUUUUGGAUUAAGCGAAGGAAACUUAAUAUGAUCAAGCUAUGGUUUUUUGGAAGGUGACUAAAACUUUGAAAUUGGAUAGAUUUGUGUACUUCCAUGGCAUCAGAAACCGUAAAGGUAAUAGUAAGAUGUCGACCUAUCAAUCAGAGGGAAAGAGAUUUAGGAUGCAAGGUGAUAAUCAACAUGGACUCUUCGUGUGGUCUGUGCUCUAUUGUAAACCCGGCUGAUAGCUCAGCCCCACCAAAAAAUUUUACCUUUGAUGGUGCUUAUUUCAUAGAUUCUACUACAGAACAAAUUUAUAAUGAAAUUGUUUACCCAAUCGUAGAAAGUGUGACUGAAGGCUACAAUGGUACAGUUUUUGCUUACGGCCAGACUGGUUGCGGGAAAUCCUUUACAAUGCAAGGCAUAACCUAUCCAGCCAGCCAAAGAGGAAUUAUACCACGAGCCUUUGAGCACAUUUUUGAGGCUAUAUCUACCACAGAAAACACUAAAUUCUUAGUCCAUGCUUCCUACAUAGAAAUUUACAACGAAGAAAUUCGAGAUUUACUUGGAAAGGAAGUUAAGAAAAAAUUAGAGCUUAAAGAACACCCUGACAAAGGAGUCUAUGUGUCAGGUCUUUCUCUCCAUCCUGUUCACAAUACAAAAGAAUGUGAAGGGGUGAUGGAAACUGGUUGGAAGAAUCGUUCUGUGGGUGCAACUUUAAUGAAUGCAGAUUCAUCACGUAGUCAUUCCAUUUUUACUAUUCACCUUGAAAUGUUAGAAUUAGAAAACUCUGGUGAGCACAUCAAGCAAGGAAAGCUCAAUUUAGUUGAUUUAGCUGGCAGUGAGAGACAGGCAAAAACUGGUGCAACUGGUGAUCGCUUGAAAGAAGCCACAAAAAUUAAUCUAUCCUUAUCUGCGCUUGGAAAUGUGAUCUCAGCCUUAGUUGAUGGUAAAUCAAAGCAUAUACCUUACAGAGAUUCAAAACUAACCAGACUUCUCCAGGACUCUCUGGGCGGUAACACAAAGACUUUAAUGGUGGCGUGCCUUUCCCCAGCGGAUAACAACUACGACGAGACGCUAAGUACGUUACGAUAUGCCAACAGAGCCAAAAAUAUCCAGAAUAAGCCUACCGUUAAUGAAGAUCCUAAAGAUGCUCUACUGAGAGAAUACCAAGAAGAGAUUAAUAGGCUGAAAGAUAUGCUUAAUGGACAGUUAACGUCUGAGGAUGACUCCGGUCAUUUAAAUAAUAACAACAUUUACAAUGAAGAUGAUAUAACUGUUAUGAAAAUGCAAAAGGAAUAUGAUGAGAAGAUGCAAGAUCUAAUAUCAAAGUAUCAAAAAGAACAGGAAAAUAAUGCCAGAUUGCAGAGUGAUGUCGAUCGUUUGAAAGAGUACUAUGAGCAAGAACUUGCAAAAUUAAACAAACCUAAUCAUGUGACCCAAGAGGAUGAUGUUGAAACUAUUGAAGUCCCAGGUUCUCCUAAAAGCAACGGACAUUUAUCAGUGCCAAAUGGAAUUAGCAAAACUCCUAUACCUUCUGGAUCACCACAAGUGAUGGCUCAGCUACAAGCUCAAGCACUAGAAAGGUUGCAAGAGCUAGAAGAAAAAAUGGUUGGUGGGGAGAAAGCCCAUGAUCGAGAGCUGAAAGAAAGAAGGGCAAAAAGAAAAAAAGUUGCUGAAAAAAGAACGAAAUCUAUUGCAGAAGCUCUUUCCAAAGUUGAUGAAGAUGACAGAGCCAUGUUAAAAGUGUACGAUGACAUUCACGAAGAACUAAAAGCAAAAACUCAAUUACUUAAAAAGGCCAAAAAGAAGAUUCAGGCUUUGGAUCGAGAAGUGAAAGAUCUGCAGAGUGAAUUUGAAACUGAAAGAACAGAUUAUCUUGAAACAAUUCGUAGGCAAGAACAACAGAUAAAAAUACUGUCCCAAAUUUUAGACAAAAUCCAACCAUGCAUCAGAAGGGAUUGUAACUAUUCAAAUAUUGAGAAAGUAAAAAGCGAAAGCCAGUGGGAUGAAGAUUACCAAAAAUGGCGAAUUCCAGAGUUAAUAGUUCAAAAAACUAAAUUACCUACUCCAGGUGUGCAAGUAGGUGGAAGACCGGCUGUAUCACCAGUUCGAAGACUAAAGCACAAUCAUUCUGCAUCGAGCGUCAAAGAAUAUUUUGAAGAAGAUAGUGCUGAAGAUAAGUUUUUUAGGAAGUUGGAACGUGGUGAAGAGGAGGACAUAGCCGGGAAUUAUUUUAAACCUAAACGCCAGGAGCAGCUGCUUAGUAAGUUCAAGGAGACUGCACACAGAGUGGGUUCCAAUAAGGAGACACUUAGUUUAUCAAAUGGCUCUCUCUCCACUUUUGUUAAAGAAAAUAACACCCUAAAUUCACUGAACUCUUUUGCACUGAAUGGCAGCAAUCUGAACAGUUCUCUGAAUGGCUCUGCGCCUCUCAUCCAACCCUCUAGUCAAGAAUCUACCCUUACCUACCGUAAACCCACAAAACUUGAAGCUCUGCCUAAUGGCGGGGACUUGUACAAACGGGGUAAACGGAGAUUACAAACUAAUAUAGGGUCCAUGGAGUGGCCUAUCUGACGUCCUCCGUCCCCCAGUGUGAACUGUGACAGUGAGUAUAGGGUGCUACCAUCUAUUUUACCCCCCAUCCGUCCAAAAUCUGAUGAAGGAAGCGUUGCCCACGAAUAAUAUCAAUUAUUGCUUCGUAUUUAGGGUUGUCACAUGGUCUAUUUAUGCUUUCUAUAAAAACAUUUAUGUUUUACUCAGCAACUGUUGUAUAAAAGCAAAUACACACUUAUAUUCAUAACUUUAUUUGAUGUUAAAUAUUUUUACGUAUUUCAGAUCAUAUCCUGCAAUAAUAUAUAUUCAAGUCAAAAUACGUUUAGAGAAAAUUCUGUGCUUUUUAUGGGGAUUUGUUUUUUUUAAUUGGACUAAAAUUUAAUCUUUUACUAAAAUACUUUGACAUAGCUACGUAUGUUAUAAUAAAUACAGUCAAACCCUGUAUAUAGUGAACUAAAUGUUCGCUCCCGUGCCUUGCUAUACACAUAUAUAGUAUUAUUUUUUGUGGACAUAGUGAACCAGAAGAAGAGAGAAAAUUGGAUAUUAUGACAGGAUGCGUAGAGUUUUUAAAAAGUACUUAAAUGUGCUUAUUUUCGAUUUUCGUUUUUUAAAAGCCCUUAAAGGUGCCUUUUUCAUUGGGUGCUUUUAAAAAGUGCUUAAUUUCCCCUUAUUCAGAAUGAGAUUUUUCGUUUACUGUGUUGAUUUUUGCUUCGAAUUAUGCAAAAACACACAGUUCACAUUGUUCUAUUCAACGUUUUCAUAAUUAAUUCGACUCCAAUCUAUUUCGGCUUAUAAUCUGUCCGUAGCGUAUGAAAACGC